ACAACCACCCGAUCGCAAACGACACAAGGAACCAAACGGAAGAGGACGAACAACGUCAGAAUUAUCGAAUCAUCGUUGCCCCCGCCCUGGAACGAAGCCAUCCCAUCCCGGAGCGCGAAUCCUCCUUUCCACGAUCUUACUUGCCUUCCUCCGCCCGCGGGACAAAAGUGUCUUCCAUUUCUUGGCUUUACCUGGUCAGGAGGGAGAGAAGGGAGGAGGAAUUAUCGUGGCCAACAGAGAAGAUGCCGUCGUCGUCGUCGUCGGUGGUCCGCUCGACGAGCGACGUGCUCAUCGGCCCCGACUGGGCCAUGAACCUGGAGAUCUGCGACACGCUCAACCGCGACCCCGGGCAAACAAAAGAUGUCCUGAAGUCCCUCAAGAAACGCAUUGUGCACAAGAACUCCAAGGUCCAGCUUCUUGCUCUCACUUUGCUGGAGACAAUGAUUAAAAAUUGUGGGGACAUUGUCCAUAUGCAAGUUGCCGAGAGAGACAUACUUCAUGACAUGGUGAAGAUAGUUAAGAAAAGGCCUGAUUAUCAUGUAAAAGACAAGAUUCUUACGCUGAUAGACACUUGGCAAGAAGUUUUCGGUGGCGCGCGUGCAAGAUAUCCACAAUACUAUGCAGCAUACCAGGAGCUCUUGCGUGCUGGAACAGUAUUUCCUCUAAGAUCAGAGGGUUCUGUGCCAGUACUUACUCCUCCACAGACUCAGCCUCUACAAAACUAUCCUCCUGCUUUACGUGAUGUUCAUCACGAUGCCCCUGAAUCGUCAGUGCAGGAUUUUCCUGCCAUAAGCAUGACAGAAAUUCAGAAUGCACGAGGUAUCAUGGACGUUCUUUCAGAGAUGCUGAAUGCUUUAGAUCCAAGUAAAAAAGAGGAACUUCGGCAGGAGGUCAUCGUUGACCUUGUGGAUCAGUGUCGUUCUUACAAGCAGAGGGCGGUGCAGCUUGUCAACAGCUCCUCGGAUGAGGAGUUGCUCAGCCAGGGUCUUUCUCUGAAUGAUGAUUUGCAGCGUGUUCUAGGAAAACACGAUGCUAUCGCUGCUGGCAUAGCAGUUCGGGUAGAGAAGCCGAGGCCGCUCCAGUCCCAGAAUGGCCAUUCUCAGACUACUAAAGAACCAGUUCAAAGGUCCUCGGCAACUACAAGUGCAAGCAAGCAAGCACCCUUUGAGCAACUAGCACUUCCUGCGCCUCCAUCAUCCAGCACUUCAAAAGCUGUCGCAACACGAGCUCCCAAUAUCGACCUCCUUAGCGGAGACGAGUACAUCAAACCUGAACCUGCAAAUUCACUGGCGCUCGUUCCAGUCAGUGAAUAUUCAGCUUCAGACCAGAAUGUAUUAGCCCUUGCAGACAUGUUCCAACAAAACACCGCUUCCAACAACAACAAGCAUAACCUUACAAACUCUUCGACUCCAAAUUCUACUUUCCCUUCAUCUCAAGCAUAUCAUGCUGCAGUGCAACCUAUGCUGCCUCAGCAGCCCACUGCUUACUCAAAUGGGGAUAUGACCAAUGCCAUCGUGCCAUACGGUCAGCACUCUCAACCGAAAUCCACAAGUUCAUGGGAUGGCCAGCCUGCUUAUGGAAUGAAUUCCCAACAGCAGGCACUAAGUUAUGGUAUAGAGAAUCAAAAUGGAGACCUUCCACCACCACCCUGGGAAAUUCAACAGUCCAUGGGUAACCAGCCCCAAUACAGCCAAGUGGGUGCGAUGUCAUUGCAGCCUGUCAGCAUGCCACCCCAAUCAACACAAAUUGGCCAAGGAUUCAUUUCAACGCAACAAAUCGCGAGGGCACAACCAGGAGGAAUGCAUCCGCAACCAGUGCCAGGCAUGCCACAUGGGGCUCUACAAUCACCACAGUAUGUGCCAAACAUGCAACAUGGGGGCAUGUAUCAUUCAAUGCAAAUUAACCAAGGAAUGGGCAUGUAUUCUCAACCGAUGGCUGGUGGACAGUUUUAUGGGAUGAACCAUCAACAGUUAUAUGCUGUUCAAAUGGCCGGUUAUGGGUAUGGGCAGCAAUCUGGAGGCUACUAUAUCCCGAAUGCCGCAUACGCGUAUACCAGUGCGAAUGAACUUUCCCAGAGAAUGAAUGGGCUUUCUGUUCAAGAUGGUACUUCGAAUGGAGCAGCGACGCCCUUUUCUCUGAAGCAGCAGAAUAAAUCAAGCAGACCCGAAGACUCGCUAUUUGGUGAUCUUCUUAGUAUCGCCAAACUGAAGCAGACCAAACCUGCAGCUGGGAAAGUUGGUGGCUUGUAAGAAGAAUGGUUGAGGAGAUGAUUGAUUGUGCUUCAUUUGCUACCAGCAGAAGCUCCACCUCACAGUUAAUAAUUCCUUUCGCCACUUUUUGUACAAUGGCAGAUGGAUUAUUGAUAUAAUUUCCCUUUUUAGAAAGUAGUGCAGCUAUCAGUUUUAGUGUCAUCGACAUCUAUCUGUACAAAAAUCAGGCAGUGACCAAGAGUUUCCAGUAUAUCCCGUUCCAUUUCACUAUA